AUGGCAGACCAAACCCCCGACUCGUGGGAGGAUGACCUCUCCCGGCAGACUGACGGUAUGAACCUGAACAACAACAACAACAACAACAACGGCAACUUCCAGGCUCAAGCACCCUCGUUCCACCCAGGCGCCAACUCGUUCCAACCUGGUGCCAGCUCCUUCGUCCCCGGCCAGCAGUUCCAGCAGUAUGGUGGCCAGUACGGGUAUCCUCAAUAUCAGCAAUACGGCCAACAGCAGGGAUAUUACCCCGCCAACGACCAGCAGCAAGGUUACAACCAAUACGGUGGCCAGGGCCAAGGACGACAGCCAGGCAACUACAAUCAGAUCUACAACAACCAAUAUGGCGGUGGUGGUUAUAACCAAUACACGCAACAGCAACAGCAACAGCAGCAGCAACAACAACAACAACCGGUCCGACAAAGCCCUGCUGCCCAACAAACUGCUCCCGCAGCUCCAAAGGCCAAAGUCCUCUCCAUCGGCGGCGAUCUGUCCGGAUCUACUCCCAAAGCCAAAGUUCUUUCGAUUGGAACCCCGGCUGCCGCGAAACCCGCCACAACCAACGACAAGAAGGGACCUGCUGCUGCCGAAGCUGCAAAUAAGGUCACCGCGUCCAAGGCAAUUGACAAGACGGAGAAGAAGGCGGAAGCAAAGGCUAGUGCCACCGGAAAGGCUUCCCCAGCUCCAUCCUCAGGCCGAAACAGCCCCGGACGAAGCAGCCCUAGCCGUGGAGAGCCCAAGGCCGGCCGCGACGCGAGUGCGGUCACUCGUGAACAAUUGGCUGAUGUCGAUGAGGCCACUCUGAAGGAAAUUUACGGUGAAAAUCGCGAGCACGUCAAUGUUGUGUUCAUUGGACAUGUCGACGCUGGAAAGUCGACCCUUGGCGGUUCUAUCCUGUAUGCGACAGGCAUGGUUGACGAACGUACGCUAGACAAAUAUAAGCGGGAUGCAAAGGAGGCUGGCCGUGAAACUUGGUACUUGUCAUGGGCACUGGAUUUGACCAACGAAGAGCGAUCCAAGGGUAAGACUGUCGAAGUUGGACGCGCCUUUUUCAAGACAACCUAUGAGGGACCAACUGGCCCCGUUGAGCGUCAUUUCACCAUCCUCGAUGCACCGGGCCACAAGUCGUUUGUACCUCACAUGAUCGGAGGAGCUUCUCAGGCGGAUGUCGGUGUACUUGUCAUCUCAGCCCGAAAAGGUGAAUACGAGACUGGAUUUGAGAAAGGCGGUCAGACUCGAGAGCACGCGCUCCUGGCCCGAAAUUCGGGUGUCACGAAGCUUGUCAUCGUCGUCAACAAGAUGGAUGACCCUACCGUGGAAUGGAGCAAGGCUCGAUUUGACGAGUGUACAGUCAAGGUUGCCAAAUUUUUGGAGGCACUUGGCUACAAAAAGACCGAUCUUACCUUUAUGCCCAUUUCGGCACAACGCACUCUGGGUAUCAAGGACCGUAUCCCGAAGGACAUCAUUCCAUGGUAUGACGGGCCGUCUCUGCUUGAAUACCUCACGGAUAUGAAGAUGCCUGAACGCAAGAUCAACGCACCUUUCAUGAUGCCCGUCAGUGCCAAGUAUCGUGAUAUGGGUACUAUGAUCGAGGGUCGUAUCGAGUCCGGUGUUCUUAAGAAGACCAGCAACUACCUCAUGAUGCCUAACCGAGAAGAGAUCUACAUUUCCGGCUUGUAUGGCGAAACUGAAGAUGAAAUCCCGACGGCAACCUGCGGUGACCAGGUGCGCAUUCGCUUGCGUGGUAUUGAAGAAGAAGACAUCCUGCCUGGCUUUGUGCUUUGCUCGCCCAAGCGGCCUGUGCAUUGUGUGUCUACCUUUGAGGCCAAGAUCAGGAUUCUUGAGUUGAAGAGCAUUCUCUCCGCCGGUUUCAACUGUGUGCUACACGUACACUCUGCCAUUGAAGAGGUUACAUUCUCAGCACUGCUGCACAAGCUUGAACCCGGCACUGGCCGCAAAAGUAAGAAGCCCCCGCCUUUUGCCAGCAGGGGCCAGACGAUCAUUGCUCGUCUGCAUGUCACGGGUUCCUCUGGCGCAGUUUGUGUGGAAAGGUUUGAAGAUUACAACCAGCUUGGUCGAUUUACUCUGCGUGACCAGGGACAAACCAUAGCUAUUGGUAUGAUUACCAAGUUGAUUACGAGCGAAGAUGAAUAG